AUGCUUCAAUGGGAUAAAGGCAGUUACUACCAGUUUUACAACAAGCAAGCCAGGAGGAAGUAUGGGGUGGUAUUUCUGUUGCUUGUAUCAACAUAUCCCACGCAUUCUGCUGCGGACAAGGAUAGCAAUCUAAGAUGGGAAUUUGCUUUUCAUACUCCUCACAUGACUGCUCCCAUGUCUCAUAUACUAAGAAACACAAAACUGAAGUGUGGAAAGCGGUAUGUUUUUCAAGUGGCUGCUUUCAAUCAGUUUGGCACAAGAGGGUACACACAAGCAAGUAAUCCGUAUUCAACAGAAGAUUUGACAAGCAAGAUGUGCAUUGAUUGGUAUUCUUAUGGUGCCAUCCCUCCUCCUCAAUGCAGUAAACUCCCUAGCACUGUUUGGACACAAGUCAAUCUCCAGCUAUAUAAUACACAAGAAGAUCAGUCUCUCUACCUCUGGAGCAACAAUUGCUUAGACCUAAAAGCCAGUCGGAGAAUUGUUUGGAGUCGUCCACAGAACAUUCUAAAUGGUACCAAGUUUUGCUAUGAAUUAUUUUUGAUGCCGGCUGCUCACAGUCCACGCUGCAAAAUGAAAUCUAGAACAUACUAUCUUGACAGAAACAUGACAGACAUUGUACUGGCAAAUUUACAGCCAGGUUGUUAUGUCUUUGUUACAUUGUAUGCUGGUGACAUCAGAAAAAUUCCACGAAAUGUGAACUCUGAGAUGGAACUCUAUUUCAAGAUACCAAGUAUACCUGAGCGUUGCGAGAGGAAACUAAGACACUACAACUACAGUAAAGCAGUGGUGUAUGAAAAGAUCGGCCUGGCUGUGUCUUCACAAGAAUAUAAUCAUACCACACAGAUGCAUCACAUUUUCGUAAUGUGGUCCAAUCCUGGUGCACCAGUUGACGAGUAUCUAGUGUUAGUUAUGACUAUAGGCAGAAAGCAGUCAAGACGAAUAAAUGCUGUCCCAUUCUUGAAUCAUUCAUAUUUGCACCAGUUGGAGGUAAAGCCAAGUAGCUGUUAUCGAAUCAAGGUUCAACCAGUGUAUCGUGGGCAAGUAGUAGCAUCUGUUGCCUUGCCAUCUCGAUGUGCGCCAGAAGCUCCUCAUCCUCCAUCUAUUCCAAGAGUCACGUCUGUGACUGCAGCAACGCAUUCAGCUGUUUUGAAGUGGUUUAGACCAUUACACGUUCAUCCUGAUUAUCCUAUUCUGUAUUACUCUCUGGUAUGGGGACAGAGCCUUGCCAUAAACAACUCUAGAGCAAUUGAUCCAAGCAGUUUGUACACCCACAUGAAACUUACUCAACCGAAAUCACACAAUAAAUACAAAGUGAAGAAUCUCUUACCUAGCUGUCAGUACUACUUCCAGGUAUGUGCAAUUUCUAAAGCAGGUAAUAGCAGUUUUACAAUUCCAGUACAAUUUCAGACACAAGGUUUUAAACAUUUUCAUUCUGGUUACUUAAGUGUUACAAAGCAAGAACAAACUAAGGAUGGCUUUAUCAAUGUUACAAUUGUUUUGCAUAUUAAUCGCUCUGCUGCAAAUGGAGACACUGCUAUUAAUCAUUAUUAUCUAACGUGGGGAUACGGAACACAAUCUCUGUCACUAGAAGGCCGUUCAAUUGCACGAAUCGGAUACACCAUACAAUUGGAUGCAAGUGAGAAUGGAUCAUGGUCAAGGAUGUUUUGGGGUUUGGAACCCGGUACUGACUACUGGUAUAAGGCAGUAGCAGUAACAGCAUUCGGAUUAACUUCAUGGUCUACUGAAGUGACAGUGAGAACUCUUGCGUUGCUGACACCUGAUGCUCCCGAGAAUGUCUCUGUUGAUGUCGAUUACUCAAUAGGUGGAUCUCAUUUCAGAGCACAAGUUAUGUGGGAUAAUCCUGCAUCUAGCAAUGAGAUAGCUCAGCCACUGUUGGCAUCAUUUCUUCAAUGGGGAACGUGUACACACAAUGGAAUUCAUAAUUCUACAGUUUUAGAAACUGUCAAACUAGUGCCAGAAGCAACAGAAUAUGAAAUAACAAACUUGCCUAUAAGCAAGACAACUGAGGACUUUGAAUUCUGGCUGACAGUAUGGUCAUCGAACAACAAUGGAAAUGGAACAAAGUCACAACCAGUUGUUUUUUUUAGCCCUUUACGGCAUCAAUGGGCUACGGCAGGAGAUGUGAUCACUACAGCAUCCAAGGAGUAUGCUCGUAACUCUGACACGUACAUCACUUCUGUAAAUUUCAGAUAUUCUGUGUGCAGCUGGACAAUUGGCAUCAUGGUAAUGUACGGUCUCACUAGAUGCUACUAUACAAUUGAGUAGACGAAAUACAUUUACAGAAAUGUUCAGCAGUAGCGUACUCUUCUAGCAACCUUCACUACUAUACAUGUACUGAGCGACAGGUUGCUGCAUGGUUGUAUUGUUUGGUAUAAGAUGUUGCAUCUCAUCUACUCAUUGUUGCAUUAUGACGACAACGAAAUUUGCCAAUUGCAACAUGAUAGAGAUUGAAUAUUAAAAUGCAAGGACUU